UUUUAUGAAUUAAGUUAUUUGAAUGCUUUAUUUUUAUUAAUUGUUUAAUUAAAAUAAUUUUUAAUUUUGGAUGGACGUAUGUUACAAUUUUUGCUUCUACUGGCAGCUGUGCUUUGUUCAGUUGCAGUAUCUGAUAGAGGAAUUACUUUAGAGGAAAAAGUUCGUAAUUUGCAAGAUUCAAUAAUGAAACGGCCUGUUAUGAGCUUAAAUUUGGAAAUGUGGAAAACUUAUAUUCAGUCCUCUCCACACCGGCUUAUGAAGAUUACGGCAAAUUCGUAUCGAUACACCUUUUUGAACAAUAAAGCCUUAUAUUUUGGAAUUGUUGAUUAUGAAAAUGCUCCACAAAUUUUUAAAUUGUUAAAUUUAAACACGGCACCAGCAGUCUUUCAUUUUCCUGCAAAAGGUGCAAGACGUCCACAGGAUUCUAUGGAUUUUCAACGUAUGGAUUCGAAUUCUCCGUCCACCAAGCUAUGCCGCUCAUGUCGUUAUUCUUCUUUUGGUUAUGCAGUUCUUGGUCUUUUGUAUAUGCGUCGAAAUAAUUUGGAAUUUCUUUUUAAUCGAACUUUUUGGGCUUGUGUUUGUCUUGCAAUCGUCUUUGCCUUCAUGUCCGGACAAAUGUGGAAUCAUAUAAGAGGCCCUCCUUUCAUGAUGACACAUCCUCAUGGACGCGAAACUUCUUUCAUUCCUGGAAGCACUCAAACCAACUUAUUGUUGAAACCUACAUUGAUUUUGGACUUUAUUUGGCUAUUACUGCGGGUGUUAUAG